CGCGGACCGCGGAAGGAAGCACCCACCGGAAGCCGCCCCGGGAUCCGAACAUGGCGACCGCCCGGUUCCUGCACUGGGGCCUGAGACGAACCGGCGCCUGGCUGCUCCCGCCGCCCGCGCGCUGUCCCCAGCGGGCUCUGCACAAGCAAGCAGAGGGCACCGAGUUCCAGAGCAUCUACAGCCUGGACAAGCUCUACCCGGAAUCCCGGGGCUCGGACACCGCAUGGAGGGUGCCGGUGAGCGGGGAGGGCUGGACGGAAGGGGCGUUUCCCCGUCCCUGCUCGGGGGACAGCGGGAAACCCGGGCAGCAUCGGCCGGGCGGGAGCAAAUCGCAGGCUGAAGCACAGAAGGCCAGUAACGACAUUCCUCUGGAUCGUUUGACGAUAUCUUACUGUCGGAGUAGUGGUCCUGGGGGCCAGAAUGUUAACAAAGUGAACUCCAAGGCUGAAGUCAGGUUCCACUUGGCAACUGCCGAGUGGAUCGCAGAGCCCGUGCGGCAGAGGAUCGCCAUCACGCAUAAAAAUAAGAUCAAUAGGUCAGGUGAGUUGAUACUCACCUCUGAAUGUAGCCGCUACCAGUUCCGAAAUCUGGCAGAUUGUCUUCAGAAAAUUCGAGACAUGAUUGCUGAGGCCAGCCAGCCAGCGAAGGAGCCAUCCAAAGAAGACGCUGCACUACACAGAAUCAGGAUAGAAAACAUGAAUCACGAAAGGCUGAGAAAAAAGCGAAUACAUUCUGCCCUAAAAACAGACAGGAGAGUGGGUAUGGAUUGAAAUCCUCCAGAGCCGGCACGGCCCUCUUCAGGGGGUCCAUGCUGCCACAGCCGAGAGCCUGAACACCGUCAGGAGACCCUGUGUGUGGGGGUGUGUUGGUGUGUGGUUGUUAACACCUGUACACGAGAAUGUUCAUCUGGAAGGAGGGUUGCAGAGGUCUUCAUGAGCCAUCACCUAUUGUCAAACCUUAAUUACUCGUUUACCAUAUGAGCUGCAUUAAAACUCCGCAAGAAAUGCA